CUCUUCUCUUCUCCCCGCAAACUGUUGUAGUCCAGCAAUGGACGCCGCAACAGCAACAACAGCAGCGGCCUCAACGAUCAAAACACUUCACGCAUUUUCGCCUUCUUCUACAACCCGUAAAAUCUUGGCAUUGCCUACUACCCGACCCCAAACUCUUUCUCUUUACAGAUCUUUCCACACCCAACAAUUCAAAACUCGUUCAUUUACAAGAUGCUCUACAAAGCCAGGAAUCGACAGCAACAACGCGACCAACACAAACAAGUCCCUCGGGCUCGAGUCAAGUUCCCCAGCACAGCAUCUGACGACUUCUCCGCCCAACCAAACCCUCACAUCGACAUGGUCAACGGGUCUAGUCUUUGAUCUGGGUAACAAAACCUCGUGGGACAGCUCCGAAAUCGGAUCUCCCGUGGUGAAAAGGUUCAUCGGCGACAAUGAAGAGCGGUGGUACAUGUGGUACCACGGUAGGUCGUCCGAUCCGAACAACAGCUCCAUCGGCCUCGCGGUUUCUAGUAAUGGGAUUCAUUGGGCGAGAGGAGCCGAACACGUCAUGUCUUGUGGUGAGGACGAGGGUUUGGUCAUGAACUGCUCGAACAAUUGGUGGGCGUUUGACACUAAGAGCAUUAAGCCUUCCGAGAUGGUCAUCAUGUCGAGUCCAAUGUACAGCGCAGUGUACUGGCUUUACUACACCGGAUACAGUUCGGAAAAGGUGGACUGUACUAACUAUCCGGUUGGUCAAUAUCCGGUGGACGCACUCAAGUCUCUGCCGGGACUGGCUUGUAGCCAGGACGGGCGAAACUGGGCCAGAAUCGAAGGGGAUUAUCACAGUGGUGCCUUGCUCGACGUAGGGUCCAAAAAUGAGUGGGAUUCUUUGUCCAUUGCAAAACCUCAAGUGGUUGUGCAUGGCAGCGAUGACAUGAGAAUGUAUUACCAUUCCUUUGAUGCAGAAAAAGGCCACUUUGCCAUUGGGAUGGCCAGAUCCAGGGACGGAAUAAGAUGGGUGAAGUUGGGGAAAAUUAUGGGGGGAGGACCAAAGGGGUCUUUUGACGAGCUUGGGGUGAAAAAUGCUUGUGUGGUUAGGAACAGGAAGGAAGGGAACUACCUAAUGGCGUAUGAGGGUGUGAGGGCAGAUGGGAAGAUAAGUAUCGGUCUCGCUGUAUCUCCCGAUGGGCUGAACGAGUGGACGAGGGUACAAAACGGAGCGGUUCUUAGCCCAUCGGGAGAUGAUGCAUGGGACAACAAAGGAGUCGGCUCGCCAAGCCUGGUACAGAUGGAAGGGAAUGCAGACUUGUGGAGAUUGUAUUAUGUGGGUGUCGGAGAAGAUGGAAGGACUGGGAUUGGGAUGGCGAUUUCGGAAGGUAGUGACGUGAGAACCUUCAGAAGGUGGGCAGGGUUUCAAUCGUAAACUCUCAUGUAACUAGUAAUUACAUAACAGUGUAUAGAAUUAGUGGUGUAUUAUGGCAUGUAUUCAACAAAUUAAAGUAUUAAUCCAGAGUAGUUGCAUUGGAUGGAA